AUGGCCUCUGCCGGGGGCUUGACUCGCCGAAGAGGUGGUGGCGGUCGAGUCGCUGGCGAAGACAACGACGACAGCAGAGUCUCCUCCCCCGUGUCUCGAAAUGGUUCCGCGCUCGAUAAUCGAGGACCUGAAACGUCGUUUACAAGUGGAGAAAAUGGCCAUAAGAUCGCGUUCGACCCUCGGGACCUCAGCGAGAGCCAGGAACGGAGCAAGCAGCCCAAGCUGACUCUGAUGGAGGAUGUACUACUGCUUGGAUUGAAGGACAAACAGGGUUAUCUAUCUUUCUGGAACGAAAACAUCUCUUAUGCCCUUCGAGGAUGCAUCGUCAUCGAGUUGGCGCUUCGUGGCCGAAUAAGCAUGCAAAAAGAUUCCUCCCGACGACGGUUCCCACUGGCCGAUCGCGUGAUUGAAGUCGUCGACGAUACAUUGACAGGGGAGGUCUUGCUGGACGAGGCGCUGAAAAUGAUGAAGUCGAGUGAGAAGAUGAGCGUUAACUCGUGGAUUGAUCUGAUGAGUGGCGAAACAUGGAACCUGAUGAAGAUUGGCUAUCAGCUCAAGCAAGUACGUGAACGUCUUGCCAAGGGUCUUGUCGACAAGGGCAUUCUUCGCACCGAGAAACGCAACUUCCUCCUCUUCGACAUGGCCACCCACCCCGUCGCUGAUGGGGGCGCGAAAGAUGACCUCCACCGCCGAGUGCGCAACGUCUGCAGCAAUCGCACCGUUAUCCUCCCUCCCAACACAUGGCUUCCCGAGGACGUUGAUUUCAGGUAUCUCCGGACAAUCACCAUGGUGUGCGCGGCAUAUGCGGCCAAUGUGUUGGAGAACGCUUUGGUCACUAUGAGCCACGAGGCUCGGGAGAGAGCCUUUGCGCAGGUUGACGAAUUGUUGGCAGAGUACUCUCAGUGGCCGUUUGCACGGAGGACCGGUGGCUCGCAAGCGAUUGGUGCCAACCUGGCGCAGGCCGUCAACGACGAGGUCAACAAGGCCGGCGAUAGAGAACUUCAGAUGGAGAUCGUUGCAGCAUGUUUGAGCGUAUUCACCAGACUUGAUUCCUUACUUUAG